AGUUAAGAAGACUUUUUUAAUUAAAAAAUUAAAAAUAUAUGAACAUAGAACUUAUUAAUUAAUUUCAAUAGUUCUAAAGAAAUCAAAUUAUGUUUCAAAGAGCAGAUAACUCUGUUGGGUAUAACAUAAAGCAAUUACCGCGUCAUGCAACUAAAAUAGAUCAACGUGUAAAAAUUGAAAUCGAUGAUAAUGAGUGCAAUAAUAAAGAAAAACUCAUUACAAUUCCUGAACUAUUACAAAAUACAAUAAAAGAAUUUAAUCAACGUCCGGCAUUAGCAUUUCAGGAUUCUGAAAAAAAGUGGGAAAUUAUGAAUUAUUAUGAAUAUGAGAAGAAAAUUUGUAAAAUUGCGAAAAUUUUCAUUAAAUUAGGAUUUAAAGAACGUGAUUCAGUUGGUAUAUUAGCAUUUAAUUGUCCGGAAUGGUUUUAUUCAGCAAUAGCUGCAGUAUAUGCUGGUGGUAUUAUAGCUGGAAUAUAUACAACAAAUAGUCCUGAUGCUGUACAACAUGUUUUAGAAACAGCUGGUGCAACAAUUUGUAUUGUUGAUAAUAAAAUACAAAUGGAUAAAAUUCGUGUAAUUAAAGAAAAUUUACCAAAAUUAAAAACUAUAAUACAAAUUAAUGGACCAUUUGAUUCAUUUGUAAGUGUUGAAGAUGGUUAUUAUAAAUGGAGUGAUAUUGAACAAAUGCAAAUCGACAAUGAUAUUGAAAUUGAAUUAGAAAAACGUUUAAAUUCAUUGGUACCGAAUGAAUGUUGUUCAUUAAUUUUUACAUCAGGUACAACUGAUAAACCAAAAGGUGUUAUGUUAUCGCAUGAUAAUAUUAUAUCUAGUUGCAAAGCAGCAUCAAAAAGACUUGAAAGUUUACAAGUGGGGGAAGAAAUUCUUGUGUCAUAUCUACCACUAAGUCACAUCGCUGCUCAAUAUUUUGAUUUAUUUAUGCCAAUAUGUUUUGCUGGUUGCGUUUAUUUUGCUGACCGUGAUGCCUUGAAAGGUACUCUUGUUAAAACAUUAAUAAAAGCACGCCCAACAAGAUUUGUUGGUGUACCAAGAGUAUGGGAAAAGAUACAUGAAAAAAUGAUUCAAGUCGAAUCAAAUUCAAAUUACUUAAGCUCCUUUAUACUGAAUGUUGCCAAAAAAUUUGUUUUUAAUUAUCACGAUGCCCGAAUUAGUGGGUAAGUUUAAUAUAAGUCGAAC